UAUGCUGAGUACUUAAUUAAUCAAAGAAUUAUAACUGCAGAAAAUCAAAAUUCGUUAAUUCCUAUAGUUGAUGAAGGAAAAGCAGAAUAUAUAGAAAUUUUGAAUGAGAAUAUAUUGCAAAAACCUGAAAUUAUAAAAGAAUUUCAUAUUCUUAUAAAAACUUUAAAAAAAUUAAAAUAUUAG